CCCACAUCACAAGAAUGCUCUGCCAAGCCGACAUCCGUCGGUUCCUGCGGCCGGCCGCUGCAUCAGACGAGGCGGAUCUGGAGCCUCAGCAGCACCAUGAGCAGCAGCCAACAGGUAAGACGAUGGCACUGACGACGCAGAAGAGCUGUGAAAUGGACAGAAAAGUUGUCAAUGUUGUGUCGAUGUGUGUGUGUGUGUUUCAGAUUUCAGCAGCCCGGGGGCUCAAGCCAUCGCACAUGAAAUCAUCAGACAGCGAAACCUGGUGAGUCAAACACACACAGCGUUCCUGCACACACAUGGAUCUGUCCAUCUGUCAUCCAUUGUGGUCGUCUCCUGCCCCGGCCAAUGCAUCUCUGUCCGGCAUCCCACCCGAGAAGCUGGCCCACGUGUGUGACCACCUGCCGACACUGGAGGCCGUCCGUCUUUCCCUCCUUAGCAAGACUCUCCAAGACACGUGCCGGUCGCCGUUCGUCAUCCGCCAUCUGAUCAUCACCCCCGCCACCCACCAGAUGUGGCGCAGAGCAUCGCGGGCCGUCCUGCGGCAGCUGCGGUGCCGGCUGACCCACCUGCAGACGGCUGCCAUCACCACAGACGAGGAGGUCUACUCGCGAGGGCCCGAUCAGGAUCGGCCAGGCGAUGAUGCCGCCAGUGACGACGGGCGAGAAGAGGAGGAUGAGCCGCCGCAGGUGGUGGGUGGCAACGAGGAGGCGACGGAGGGACACCGCCGUGCCCUCGGCUAUCGGGCAGUGUACGCCAAGGUGCUCGAGGGUUCGGCGGCAUCGCUCAAGAAGUGUCGACUGGAGGACACGACGAUCACCGCGCCCUUCUCGCCCGACCUGCCGGCCCCCGACAGCCCUCCGAAGGUCACCUUCGGCAAGCUUGAGGAAGUGGUGCUGUGCGGCGCACUGUGGCAAGGCGUCGCCCAUGAUCGGCGAUGGUCCCUCCCCGCCCUCAAGACACUCGUCAUCACCAGCUUUCCCAUUGCGCCCCAGUACCGCAGUACCUGGAUCAAGGCGUCGCCACGGCUCACCCACCUGCAUCCCUGUUUCACCUCAUCCCUGUCGGCCGCCCCUCUCUGACCAACCUGACCUCGCUGGGCUGCAUUCGUCUGAAGGCCAGACACACACCCGCAUCCUGGGAGCCGCUGCUGAGUGUGCUGAAGGCCAAG